AUGACAACUGUUGCUUGCAAGCGCCACGUGAAUACUUGGAUAAGGAGACAAAAGGACACAUUCAUCCGUGAACCGGCUGAGAAAUCGCUUUCUAAUAAGGGGAAUCAGAAAUUAUCGGCGUAUUGCGGUCAUGUAGCUGGCACGCCGCCAGCAGCAAUUAGAGACGUUGCUACGUUAAACUCCGAUACUGGGGCGUUAACAAGUGUUAGGUCGGACACCAGCCACGACACGACGCCAACCCGUUCUGGUCGAAGGGUGUCACACAGAGCUGAUUCCACCGCUUUAUGUAGCCCCGAAUAUAUUCUAAACGAGCCAAUGGAGCCUAUGACGUCU